UGCUAUUUAUGCGGAGUUCAGAAGGGAUUGGCCAGAAGCAUUGAAGUUCUAUGAGGAAGGUGUUCGUGUUUUGCGUGAGAUGAUUGGAACUUCGACAAGGUUGCCUCCAACCCAACGCCUGGUUGAGAUAAAAGCAGUUGCCGAGCAAUUUCACUUUAAGAUAUCAACCUUGCUACUUCAUGCCGGGAAAGUGGUAGAAGUAAUCACAUGGUUCCGUAAGCAUAUCAAAAGCUAUGAACGGGUUCUUGGAACACCAGAAGUUGCUUUUCUUCACUGGGAAUGGUUUAGCAGGCAGUUCCUUGUCUUUGGUGAGCUGAUAGAAACAACAUCCACAACUAUUCCAGAUACACUAUCUCCUCGAUUUGGCACUGCAGACAACACAUUGACUGAGUGGGAAUUUCAGCCAGCAUACUACUAUCAGUUAGCGGCAACUUACUUGAGGGAGAAGAGGUAUGCCAUCGAAUGCUCGUCAUCAAUGGCUAACCUUACAACAGAAGUUAAUGGAGUACCUGAGUCAGUAAUGCCUUCUGUAUAUGUUGGCCAAUAUGUGCGCUUGUUUGAGCAAGGAGAUACAGUUAGUCUACUACCCCUUUCUGAUACUGAAUACACCAGCUAUGCUUUGUCAGAAGCUGAAAGGUUUCAAGAUUCUUAUGAGAUAAUAGCAUUGUUCAGAAAAGCUUAUGAAUCAUUUCAGAGCCUAGGUGCUACAAGAAUGGCUUCUGCCUGUAGCAGUGGAAUGGCCAUAGAAUAUUACGCAACUGGUGAUUUUAGCAACGCAAAACAGCUUUUUGAUAGUGUUGCUGGUCUAUACCGUCAAGAGGGUUGGACCAGUUUGCUCUGGGAGAACCUAGGAUACUUGAGAGAGUGCUCAAUGAAACUUAAUUCUCCCAAGGAUUUUAUCAGCUAUUCCCUAGAGAUGGCUGCAUUACCAUUAUUUUCUGGUAGUGGAGAGGAAAAUCGAGAAAACAAAAUUAAGAGUGGGCCUGCAGGUUCCCCUACCAUUUCCAGGAGAGAGAAUAUACAGCAGGAAGUUAUUAAUGUUUUGGAAAGAAAACAGUCAUCAGAAGGAACAUAUGAUGGAUUUAAUAAUGAGAUAGAAGAAGUUACUCACCUUGAUAUUGAUCAGAUAAGUCUGCUAAGAAUGGUGCUUACUGCAUCUGUUGCUUUUCAUGAUCAAUCUGUAAAACCUGGUUCACCUCUGCUUGUCAGCGUGUCACUCUUAUCUCAUCUUCCUUCUCCAGUUGUGGUUGAUCAGUUGGAGGUUCAGUUCAAUCAAUCUGACUGUAACUUUGUGAUGCAUAGUGCACAGGAAGACUCACUCCCUUCAUAUUCAAAUUUGCAUGGCCAAGUUAUUCAAGAUACUUCUUCUCUUACUUUACAGGAUCAUUAUGGAAUUGAAUUAAUUUGUUUUACCCUGAGCAUUAAUCUUAGGAGUUGCUGGCCUGACAAUGUGAUCUCUGUGACUUUAGGUGCUCUUUCUUCAGACAAAUUAUUACAUACUAUUUUUACUGCUUAA